CAUGCGCAGUAACAACGCGUGGGGCAGGCUUCGGGGCCGCGCUGUGGCUGCUGGAGCGGGGUACGCGCUGGGAAAGAUGGCGAUGAGAGUGCUGCGCGGGGUGAGCAGCGUGUACUGUGCCGCCCGCCUCCUGCCCAGGAACGUGUGUCCGGCCCGGUACCUGAGCGGAGCCGCCCGUCUGCUCGCAGCUCGCAGGUUCACAGACAAGCAUGAAUGGAUAAGUGUGGAGGACGGGGUUGGGACUGUUGGAAUCAGCAAAUAUGCCCAGGAGUCCUUAGGAGAUGUUGUGUACUGUAGUCUUCCUGAAGUUGGUACCAAGCUCAAUAAAAUGGAUGAGUUUGGAACAUUAGAGAGUGUAAAGGCAGCUAGUGAACUCUUUUCUCCCUUGACUGGAGAAGUUACAGCAAUAAAUGAAGCACUGUCAGAUAACCCAGGCUUGGUGAAUAAAUCCUGCUAUGAUGAAGGGUGGCUAAUAAAGGUAACUGUGGAUGUUCCCUCAGAGCUGGAUGACCUGAUGAGUGAGGACGCCUAUGAGAAAUAUGUAAAAUCGAUAGAGGACUGAACAUGACACAGCUUGACAUCCUAGUCCUGUUUAGAUUCAGAGUAGUGGUACACAGGAGGGCACAUGCCCCCAAGGUUGGUGGACGUGCUUACUACAGGAAUAACUGUUAACCAGUCUGUCCCUCCUCGUAGCUUUAAGUUGAACUGGUUGACAAUGAAGCAACUUCAGGAUCCUUUAAGUGUCAUUUUGUUUUUUUUUUUUUUUUUU